UUUUGACGUAGAUUUCUGAUCUUCGCCUGCCGCAGUGACUCGUUUGAGUCAGGAUCGAUUGCUUUAGCCUGGCUGCUGGCGCUCGUCUCUCCAUUGCUUCUGACUGCACACGGGGAGGGUCUGUUGAACAAACAUGGCGGCUACUCCGACGACAAACCCGUCACAGUUGCUCCCGCUUGAGCUUGUGGACAAAUGUAUCGGCUCCCGAAUUCACAUCGUCAUGAAAACCGACAAAGAAAUCGUCGGCACCCUGCUGGGUUUCGAUGACUUUGUCAACAUGGUCCUGGAAGAUGUGACAGAAUUUGAAAUCACUCCAGAGGGAAGGAGGAUAACCAAACUGGACCAGAUCCUCCUCAACGGCAACAACAUCACCAUGCUCAUACCUGGAGGAGAAGGUCCUGAAGUAUGAGUCAUCACUGAACACUGAGACAGUUUUUUUGUGUGUGUUGUGGAUUGAAGCCUUUCCUACGUUGUGUUCCUUAGUUUGAUUAUUGUUGUUAUUGGUCUUCCCUGUUGAUUUUGAGGGAGGAAAAUAUUUUUGUAAUAAGAUCCCUAAUUGAAUAUGUUAAAAAAGAACUCAGAUGUGCAUCAUGAUUCACACAUGACCAAUUAGCAUUUUUUUUUUUUAU